GGGCAGACUGCAGUUCAGCCUCUUGUUGGCGGCUUUCUACACAGUUGGGCGUGAAUGUGAAGUCCUUAAGUUUAGUCACGCAGUUUAAUCCCUUAUAGGAAAGGAUGGAAGGCAAAUUUCUUAUUAAGCGUGUCGAGUGUCCCAAGGACGGGUUAGCCACAUGUAGUCAUUGGACUACAUGUGGCUAACAGCAGCAAUGGUUGUUCCGUGCUCAGCACGUGGUACCACUGUAAUGGAGGAAAAAGAGACUGACUCCAACCUGUGAGCUCUUUGUUCUGUCAGCAGACCUAGAAUGAAUCGGAGUUCCUGGAGAACCAAGUUUCCAGAUGGAUGAAGAAGGAUCACUCUGACGAUGGAUGAGCUGCCGCCUCAGAGCACAUGCAACAGGAGUACUAUUACUACAUUGAGACUGCAGCCAUGAGCGCAUGCAGGUGUACAAGGCAAGCAGAUGACAAGUACACCCCUAGCUCAUGCUUUUCCUCACAUUGAUGGAAAGGAGAUGGAGUAACUGUCUGAUAGCUGUCAGACUGUGGCAGCCAAAGCUGGAUGACAUUUGAAAUGAUCAAUGAACCAGGUUCUCCAACUCAAAGAUGAUCAAAUAUCAAGUCAUCCAGGAAAUGGAAGCGGUCACAUCUGAUUUACAAUCUUGCUGUGAAAACAGGCUGCCUUGUCUCUGUGCAACUCAACUGACAUGGCUUUAAGGCUUGAAAUGUAGAAGUGUCCAUGUUUAAAGGAAUGUAUGUUUCACAACAAAAGGAGGCGGUUUUUUUUUUCUUGAUGGCAUGUUUGCAUGAAAUGACUCAUGACAGCUGAAAUUCUGCUUUGGGAUAUUGAUUGUGCUAUGCUUUGAGGUGAGAAGUAAUUGCAUACAUUGACUUAACUAUAAAACUUUGGGGUAGUUGGGUAUUUACAUUGGUUAUUAUGGACUUGACUGAACUUAUCUGACAUCCUAGUUACAGUGUAAACUUGAAAUGCACUUUGUAUUUCCCUUUAUGCCUCAUAAAGCAGAUGUUAAAUUAUAAACUGAAAUAAAACUACUUUACAUGGUGUGGUGCAGAAGAUGAAUUUAAGUCUGACUGCCUGAAGGAUGAACCUGCUCUGCAGUCUGACAGCAGAUACUUGUGUAUCUUUCCACAUGGCAGCAGGGUGAACAGGCUGUGAAUUAAAAUCCUGCUUUACCAGAUUAUAAUUUGUUGCUUAAUGUUACUUAGACGAUCAUCUAAUGUAUGUAAAAUAAACUUGAAGGGGGUAUUCUUUGUAAAGAGAUCUUUGCUUAAUGCUGAGUACAUCUUACUGAGGAAAACGUCUUCAUAAAAUGAACCCAAGAAUGCAUGCUUUUGAUCAGGGGAGAAACGGGCAUAAUUGUAAUUAAAGCCUUGAGACGUGUCCGGUGUAGUAGGACUCAAUUGUAACGUUAGUGCUCACUGGGUCACAAUAGAGGCUAUUAAAACGCAUUAGCAAUCACUACCCGUGCUACAUGAGACCAAUUAAGCAUACGUCCAAUUUUCAGUGAUUAUGGCAGUACAAAGAUGGCUUAAAAUAAGUUUGUCGUCCAAACUCAGUGAUGGUCACACCCCAGAGCUCGGAGACAGCGCUAACCAUCGGCCUACUGCCAACACUGCGUGAAACGGAUCCGCUGGGCCCGGAGCGAGCUGCACCAUAUCAGAAAUAACGUUAGUGUGUGUGUGGUGAUGCUAUGCGGAGGUUUGUACGGCCGAAAUACUGUUUGUGUGUAACAAGUUCUGAAAAGGACAAGCACAAGAGGCUUAGCAGAAACCAUAGACUGUAUAUAAAAAAGAACACCACAGAUGGUUUUAUUUUGAAGGUUGAAACAAGCGGUAGUCCGUUGUCUUUGUCUCGUGAGUUGGUGACGUGAACCGUCUCGGUGUACCUGGCAGGAGGAGCGUCCGCUUGUGUUUUUGCUGGAUAACAAUAACAUUACCUUCAGUGGUAGCUGUCGCGAGUAAGCUUUGGAUGGAACUGAUUUUAUACUCACAUAAACACGUUGGUGUGAGACAGUUCUCUAUCCAGAGAUUUAGGAACUCGGUCUGUCGAAUUAUUUGAUGCUAACACGGAGAGCUAGCUGUGUCUGACAGGCACACUCAAGCUAAUGUCGAUGAAGGCAUGAGGAGAGGCGCAGUGUGUUUCUGGAGACGCUGAAAAAAGUUUAUUGAGCAGUAACUUUAGAGUUAGAUGACUGACGUCACAAGUCUUGGCCAACUCAACUUAUUCACAUAGUAGCUAGCCGGUGCUAACUUUCUUAUUAAGCAUAUUUGAUGGUAAUGCUGAGUUAAGACAUAGAAGAGAAGCUUAUAAAUGCCAAUAAGGGCACUGUAAGUCAUUGAAGGAGGGGGGGUCACCCCUUGUUUCUGUUUACUGCUCAAACACACCCACAGGUGUGUCUAUGGUUUGAGGACGUCAUUUUGCCCAGACCCGAGUCCUUGCGAACAAGUAUUACAACUUCCCAACUAAACUGGCAGCACAUGCCUGCUUUUCCAGUUAGCUCUCAGGGCUGCCUGGCCAACUGAAGCAAGAGGAACUGAGAACUGAAUGUCUGCUGGUUUUAAUUCAAUUCCAACAAGCUCGGUGAGGAAGCAUGACAGCUGUCGUAGGCAGAGCAUGGGGGUGGGUGCGCUCAUGGGCCAGCAGUGCCGUCUCAGAAAAUACCACAACAGUGAUAGCUGAGGGCCAGAAACAUGGCUGUGGCAGCCAGGGCCUCAGGGGCUGGACCUCCUGGAUCUGGGGCGGGCGGAAAUGUCAAAGUGACCAAAGUAGUUCAGUAGAGGAGUACUGGGAGGCACAGGAGAAGCUUCAGCCCAUGGAAAUCGAAGAUCUCAGCGCAGUGAAACCAGAGACGAUGACAAAAUCAGAGCAUGUUUAUAGAUGGUGGAAUAAAUAUCUCCCAACCUCUUACCUUUUGUGGCCGAGGAAAACGGAGCCAAGCAGACAAAGGGGAAGGCGGCGUUACGGUCAGAGUGCAGAUGUGUGGGACCGUGAUAUUGAUGAAGACUUUUCUGACUACGGAACGCCUCCUCCAUCUCCUACACCUCCUUCCUCUCAGCUGACAUCUCCUUUCCGACUGUUUGUAAACAGCUGGAAGGUUGAAAUCCUACCAGAACACCACGAGAUCUGUUUCAACUUCCUCCGCCACUUGUUCGACCUGUUUGUCAUUGGCUUCCUGUGGACUGUGUCCCCCCCUGCCAAACUGAUCCUGGAGGUGUUGGGGGUCCAGGGAGCUCUAAGGCUGUGGUUUCAUGGUAUGGCCAUGUUUUUUGUCUCCACAGUUGGAAUGGCAGGAUUACUUUGGUUAAUCCAGGAGUAUCUCCCUCAGUUUGCGCUCAUCUAUGGCAUCAUACAGGCAGUGGUGAUCUCUGUCAGUGUUCGGCAGAGUGUGAUCCUCGGCGUAGAGGAAGAAAAAGCAGAAAAGGAUGCGGAGGGCAAGGAGACUGAUGAAAUGAAAGACAGUAGGGAACAUAAAGAAGCUUGUGUCCGUAAAAGACAAGCUGAAGACAAGUUAAACUUAAGAUGGUGAGAAGCAGCUGUCUGUUCAGGAGUCCACCAUCAUCAUCAGUCCACCUGUAUCCUCGAGUGUUUGACAUCACAGCAGUGGGACUACACAGAGACUGUUGCCUGCACCACUGUGUUCUGCCGUGUAACUUAAGAAUUGUGUUGCACCCUCAUUACAGACUCAUAGAAGUUGUACUUGUGUCACUUUAUGUUCAACACUAAUGAUCUGCAUUUUAAAGAUGUCUGUCCUCACUUAAUCUGAAUGUCGUCAGCAGAAUGUUGACAUCGAUAGCCGUGCAAAGUUUAGUAUCACAAAGUCUCCCGCUCUAAUUGAGGUCAGGAAAGAAAGGGACCAAGAAUGUUCAAGAAAUGCCUUUAACUCAAGGAAGAGUUUUACUGUGUUUAAACUUGUUUUCCACAGAGCCCCUGAAGUCCCAUAAGAUUAUAUUUUUUAUCUUGUGGGAACAAGAUAAUAACUUGGGUGCACAUGAUAAAAAAAAAAUUAAUCAUCUUAUGGGUCUUCUGGGGAUCUGUAGAUUUCUUAUGAUUCACCAUGAGAUAUUCACCAGGGGACCAGGUGAUUGCCUUUGGUGCAUUCCAAAAAUACACAGCUUGAAUUAGUAGAAAUGUUAGGCAUCACCACCAGGAGGACAGAAAAGGCAACCCGAUACAAACCAUGGCAUUAAAUUGUAUGGUUAAACAGGUAAAAAGUUUUAUUUGAUUGAAAGAAGCAGGGUUUGAGGACAGGAGCCUUCAGAGCCUCACACGUUCACAGACAAAUCUGAGUACUACAAAAAUAUCAGUUCCCCUGACAGGCAGGCCAGAAGGGAGGAAGGAAUUACCUGUUCUGAAGCUGGAAUUUGAGUUUUGAGUUUUUACCUAAGGUACAUGUUUCUCAUUACAUGUCUCCCCUGCAAAUAUGAACCCAUCUUUAAGUGAAGCUCAUAUGACAAAUUCAAGCAUGCAUUUCCUGUUCUGGUGCAAACUCUAGCUGACUCCGGUAGACUGCUUGAAUUUGUUCAUUGUUCAGCUUUGACCACUAGAAUCUGUCCCACUGUUUGGAAAAGGACAAGCAGUUAUUCUGUGUCCUUACCUAGUUUUGUUGAAUAGUACACUCCUGGACUACAGACUGCAACAUCGUGUUUAACAGCCUGUGGUCACGCUGCUUAAUAUUUAUUUACUUCUCACAUCAGACCUGUGACCUCACAUUCCUGUGCACGGUCAUUUUGUUGAACAGAAGGCUAAUGUGAAUGUGCCUUUGCUGGAGUGAAAAACCAAAUUUGGUCAACAGAGAGGAAGUAGCAACCACCAAUGCUCUCUCAUAGGUUUAGACGCCUGUCAAUCAAGCACACACGGACAUUACUAAAUAUACUGUAUGAAAGCCAUAAGCUCUCCUUUACUCUUUAACCUCAAAUUGUGAUUCUUCAAAAUAAAAUGUGUGUUUUCAGACACAAAACUAAUUGAAUGGAUUUCAAUGGGGAUUUUUUUGUUGUCUCGGAACAAGCACUUAAUAGCCACAGAGGAAGUAGCUUCAGUACUCGGCUGUGAUGGAUACUAUAAAUCAUCUGUUUUGUACUUUAUAUAUUUUCACACAUUGAACUGAAAAAGGAGUGUGCCUGGAAUGACCUGUGGAAGAGGCAUUUCCUGAAGACCUUAACACAUGCUGUACAUGGAUUACGUUACAUUGAGAUUUCUCAAAUAUGAACUGAAGAACAUGGCAACAAGAUGUAUCUGUUUAGAGAAGUGUUGACACUACCAGCAGCACGUUUUAGUGUGUUCACUGUACACACUUGUUAUUUUUGCCUGAUGUCAUUUUCAGUGCCAUGAUGUUGCUUGUUUAAAACUUUACUGGAUGUAGGCCUCACGUAUUUUCCAUUAUGUAUUUUAAUGGAUUUUUACUUGUCUUGCUUUAGAUGAAAUACCAACAUCUAAUUUGGUUUUAGUGCACAAUAGCAUGUUUUGCACUCAACACUCCUUACUUGUAUUACAGUCCGUACGAUGUGGAAGACUGUGGCUGAUCAUAGAAAUGGAAGUCAUUUUAUUUAACAAAAAUUUUAGAAUACAAACAUUCAAAUCUAGUGUUCAUAAAUAUGUGUAACUACUGCAAAAUUAGAAUACAAACUUGAGUGACAAGCCAUUUGUGUAACACUGCCACAGCGACCUGAAAUUGAAUGUGAAAUCUCAGUGUCAUUUUCAAAUUGCCACACGGCAACCUAAACGUGAUAGAUUUUUAAACUGUUGAUUGCAGAAAAUGAAUCGAUUAUUUUAUGUUUGAUUGUUGAGCCAAACAUUGCCUAUUUCCAGCUUUUCAGUUGUGAGUUUGCUGCAUUUCUUUGUUUUAUGUGAUAGUAAGUUAACUAUCUUUGGGUUUUGAAUCGUGUGGCAAAGCAAGCCAUUGUGAAAAUGACACCUUGGGGUUUAGGAAAUUGUGAUGGGCAUAUUUCUGCAUUUUUUGACAUCUUAUAGAUAAUAAGAAAAUAAUUGGCAGAUAAAUCCAUAAUCAAAAAUGUUAUUUGCAACCCUAUAUCAAUUGAAAUAUUCUUUUGAUAUAUAUUGUGACUAAUUAAAUGAAAUGUAAUAGUGUUUUUUAUGGCCAAUUUAUAAUAGUUGAGUCUAACAGAUUUCAUAGAAGAGGCCUGUAAGCUUCCAUCUUUUAAUUUCAUUAGUAACAAGCUGAAAGUCCAGAGUGCACUUUGAUUUUCAAGUUUAGGUUUCACAUUAUCUGUCAAUUUUAUUUUCAAUUUCGUUUUUAUUGUGAUGUUAUGCUAAGGAGUAAACUGAACAUUUUGUCAUUUGUUCUUCCUAAUUUUGUAAGAAUUUGUGAAUUUCCAAACAUUAAAAUUAGAUUUUGAAAUUGUAAUUUCAAGAUUUUAUGGAAAACUACAUUUUGAUUGGAAGGAUUUGAUUAGGUGGUUUCAUUUUAAUAUGAGCAGCUAGAGACUUCCAUUGUGAGAAUGCUCAACUUGGGCUUUUUUAUAUUGCACCAAAUUUCUAUUAACAAUCAUUCCCAAGGAGGUGAUACAAUGUAUACAACUCUCUGUCGCCUUUAUUCAUUUGCUUAUGUGGAGCUUUUAUCGCAGUAUAUUAAUGCGGUAAUCCCUUGUAAAUAAAGCUAUUUUUAUAUGAGCAGUAAACACACCUAACAAGUGCAGGAUCACUGGAGCUGAAGAAACUGGCUUGUUUCCUUUAAUACCCCUGGUGUCAUUUUAAAUAAAGGAAGGCAGUAUCUGCUGUGACCCAUUACUGUACAUCUAAUUUAUAGCCACUUUGAACCCAACAACUACUAGGUUAACGGAUUCUACUGGCAUAAAUAAAACUGAUGGUCUUUUAUUAAAAUUGUCUUGGUUUUGA